AUGCUCGACAUCAAGAUAGUGCCACAGACUGCAAUACGUGUCAAGAAGAGCAAGAAGACAUCUACAUUGACGAUCCAGAAUAAUUCGAUGGAGAGCAUGGGCUACAAAAUCAAGACUACCAAGCCAAGAGACUACAUUGUAAGGCCAAACAUGGGGUUGAUCAUGCCGAUGCAAUCCGCAGAAGUAGAAGUGACGCUUUCUGAGGGCACAAUCCCAACCAGCGAUCAUAAGUUCCUAGUGGAAGUUCAUAGGUUUGAUUGGAGAAGAUCACUCAGCGACUUUAAGCAGUAUCUCAAGGCUUCAUCGCCAAAGCCAUGCUGGACAUCAAGGAUAGGCAUAAUGUAUCAAGAGGAUGAAGCAAAUACUUGUGCCAUUAAACACAGAGGAGAAAUGGGAGUAGCAAGCCUGGUAAUACAAACAUGCUUUGUGAUAGGCAUUCUCUGUUUAUUUUAUAGAUUCUUUGAGUAA